AUGCGUCCCUCUCCGAUCUCGUACCGCGCCAAGCCCUCGUUCCAGCCCCACGUCGGCCGAUUCACGCCCGCGGCCGUGUUCAAGUGGGCCCCCACGCUCGCCCUCUGGGGUGGUGCCGGUGCUGGUGCCGUGAUGCUCUUCAUGUCGAGCGUGCCCCUCUUCAAGAAGGACGUGCUGAUCAAGCUCCCCGUCAUCGCACCUUACUUUGAGGACAAGACGCACCCUGCAGACAACGCAUUCUAA